CUUUUCGUAUGCUGAAUGCGGCCUCAGUGGUUUGUAUUCGUGGGUCCUCCGUCCUCGGCUUCGGAAUUGCGGAUCAGCCCGGGAAACGAAGUUGUAUGCGACCCUCAGACGACACAUAUUUCCUGUGACUAUUAAAAACCGAUGUCUCCCUCCACGGCAAAACACAUUGACGUAUACUUCCCAUUAAUGGGUCCAAGUCACAUUGGCUCGUAUGCUUCUCAAACAACCUACACCCCCACUCAAUUGUCGCAGCUGUCAAGUUCAAGAAUUGGCUCUGCGUCUCUGACAUCAUGCUCGGUGGACAGGCUGCUGGACUGUUCAUGCUGGUUGUUGUAGGCGCUGUCGGUCUAGGUUUAUGCUUCAUCCUCUUCGUGGGAUGUUGUGAUACUACGCUCCAUGGACCGCGUCGCCGGCAGUCUGUCGAGUCCCUUCCGCACUACUCCACCAGCGAUCCGGAGAAUCCAGAAUUCAACUUCGAGUGUCCGCCCCCAUAUGAAGAACGCGCCCCUGCAACACCCUCCGCUCGAGCUCAGCCGGGCCUGAUCCCACUUGCCGUACUCUCACGUCCUGUGUCUGUUCCUGCGCAGACUCAUCUUUCGACGCGUUCUUUCGCCUUUUCCACAAGCAUGGCGAUCUCCACGUUGUCGCCACCUAGCACUCCACCGGGCAUCUCCCAUCCAUCACGUACCCAUCCUUCGCCGACCCAAGUUGCUAUUACCCACCCGAGCAUUGCAAGGCAUCCGAGUCGCAGGCAUCCACCUUCAUUCACUCCGUUCAACCUCGCGUCAUGA